UGUGUCAAUCCUGAUCUUUAAUACUUCUCGGCAGUGCUUUGUUGUGGUGAAGCAGUUCCGCCCAGCUGUUUAUAUGUGUGAAGUAGAAAGGCAUCAUCCUCAAGUCUUUAAGAAUCAGGACAAGGAGAGCUUCUCUCAUCUAGAGGAUACCUUACCUGCUGUGGUAGGAGUGACCUAUGAACUCUGUGCUGGCAUUGUAGACAAACCGGACCUUUCUUUAGAAGAAAUUGCAUGUGGGGAAGUCUUAGAAGAGUGUGGCUAUCGUGUUCCUGUUACAGACCUAAGGAGGAUCACUUCUUACAGGUCUGGAGUCGGCGUGACAGGUUCUAGGCAGACAUUAUUUUAUGCAGAAGUAACAGACCAGAUGAGAACUGGUGAAGGAGGUGGCCAGCCUGAAGAAGGAGAGCUGAUUGAAGUUGUAGAAAUACCUUUAGAAGACUCCAUGAAGUUUGCUUAUGAUGAGACUCUCCCGAAGACGAUGGGUGUCAUCUUCAGCUUCAUGUGGUUCCAAAACAACAUAGCACCCAAGCUACCAAAAAAAUAA